GCGGCGCAUCGCGAGAAGGAUUGAUCCGCAUGCCGUUCCAACUCUCAUUCGAAUGGCCGUGUUCGACGAGGAAGAUACAACCGCGGGGCGGACGAGGCCUAGGCCCUUCCGCCCCUUCCGGAGUCACGAGGAGUAUCUCUACGCGAUGAAAGAAGAUUUGGCGGAAUGGCUACAAGCCCUUUACGACUUACCGGUCACCGCGGACGAUUUUAUGGAACAAUUAGAAACUGGAGUGGUGCUAUGCCGGCACGCCAACCGUGUGAUAGCCGUUGCGAAACGUCGUGGCCGGAUUCUGGACGAAAAGUGCCGGGAAGUGGUGUUCCGGAGUGAGGUGCAACCGGGCACUUUUCACGCCAGAGACAAUGUGCAUAAUUUUAUCGCCUGGUGCAGGGGCGCACUCAAGAUCAAAGAGUGCCUCCUCUUCGAAACUGACGAUUUAGUGAUGAGAAAAAACGAAAAGAACGUUGUUUUGUGUAUUUUAGAAGUGGCCCGCCGGGGCACCAAAUACGGGAUGCCCGCUCCCCUUCUUGUUCAGAUGGAGCGAGAAAUUGAUGCUGAAAUCGCAGCCCACCGUGAUGAUACCAAUGGAGAGUCCCGAACCCCACCGUCGUCCCUGUCCCUUCGGGGAGAUUCGGACGAAGGUGGACACGAAGCGGACGAUGAUUCUGAAUCGGAGCCCUUAGCGACGCCCCGGCAACCUCAGCUGCCCCAGCAACAAAUUGUCACCAACGAUCUCAGAUCACUACACGAACGGGUGGCUGAGCUAUUGAAUCGUUGUUCCUGUCCUGCCCAAUUCCCUAUGAUAAGAGUUGGAGAUGGAAAAUAUCGUAUAGGAGAAACACAACUUCUUAUUUUCGUUAGGAUUCUUCGAAAUCACGUGAUGGUUCGUGUAGGGGGUGGAUGGGAUACCCUGGAACAUUACCUGGAUAAACAUGAUCCCUGCCGUUGCAAAUCAGGUCGCCGCAUCUCCGUCAACCGAGUGUCUCCGUCCAAUUCAGGUUCCAUACAGGUGCAUCUGAAUAGCCACAGACCAUCGUCUGGCACGCCAUCCUCUUCUAGGUCAUCUAGCGUUCCUACAUCCCCACCUUCACGCCGACGAUCUUUCGAUUGUUCCAGACUCAGUUCAUCCGAUGACAGGAACUCCUCCAGAAGCAGCAGCGACGACUGGGCGGCCCCGGCACUGCGCAGGGGGCGCGGCAAAAGCGGCCGGCCUAGUUCUGCAGACAGUUCUUCAGAAAUAUCCGAAACAGAGCUGUGCCGUGGCAAUUCUGACUUCCUGCGACGUCAACGACGAUACUCUCCGAGAAAAGUGAUGAAAUUCGGUGACAAUACUUGCUCCGAAGACGCAGAGGACUCCUCUUUAGAGCCGCAGACGCUGGUGGCUCAACAGCAGAGGGCAUCCCCAUCACGAAGUCGGAUACCAACUUCGCAAUCACCAUCACCUCAACAUCGUUACCGCAUGGUUGAGCCCAUGGGAAAACGUCUUUCUGCCAGCAGGUCAGAAACGUCUCUUUUCCAGUCAGCUGUCAAUCGUGGCAGCAGGACUCCGUGCCAAGGACCUCGCAGAGCUGUCCAAAGUGGAGGUGGACGACAAAGAUCUUCUUCCUCUACUCGAAGUGUGUCAUCCUCACCUGCUAGAACUCCUGAAUGGAAUCCCAAACGUAGGACACUUUCCCUUCAAUCUUCGCCAGUAAAACCUGUGCCACCGCUAUUAGAAGAAAUAAUCAAUGACUCUGAGGUGCUUGACUCUGAUGAAAAGAUACUUGAAAGAAUGCAGAGACUUAUUAAUGAAUAUAGGGCUAGAGAAGCUUCUCCCGAUACGUCUUUAGCUGAUGAAUACCCCUCACCCAUGAGACCCCUUUCAAAGACGAUGAGAAGGAACUCUUUGUCAAAAAUCCCUGUGCUGACGUGGAACUCCAGACAGUAAUUGAAAGUAAUAGGAUCGUAAUUAUUUUCAAGGCGAGCUUAGACACGCCCGUCCGAGAUGGUUCAUGAGAGUUCUUUGCGUAUGGUUGAGUUACAUUUCAAGAGCUUUCCGUAAGAAUUUAAGUGACAUUUUAGUAAAUUUGAGAAAAUCCGUUUUAGGUUCUAUAGAAACAUGGAUUUCAUUUACAAAACAUCUUUUUUUCAUUAAGAAUUUGUCUUACAUCGCUAUACUUAUAUUACAGUUGACAUUAACAUGCUCUUAAACCAGUAAGUUUGAAUGUUUUUAAAACGUUAUUUAAUAUGUUUUCCCACUAAGCUCUUAAUUUAUUGAAGUAUUUUAUAAACAUCUUCAUCUAUAAUUUCAAUUAUUAACAUACCGGGUGACCCGAAAAUGACCAAUGG